AUGCCUGUUCGUGCCCCAGCGCCCACCCGCUUGGCCCCAUCGACGCGUGCCACGCGUUCCCGCUAUGAUCCCCUUCUCCCCCAGCCCUCGCCCGGCUACUUUGGUCUCCCAGACCACCGCCCCCUCCCAACGUUACGCUACGUCUCCUCACACCCUCUCCCUGCCUGCCCACCCCCGGCGCGUCGCUUCUCCCUGCGACAAUACCUCGCGACCCCGCGUGUGGACUUUGUAUGUUACCUUCGUUUCUCCAUCCUAGGCCUCGCCUUCCUGAUGCUCAUCCUCGACAGCAUCCACAUCGGACAACUCAGGUACUCCUGGAGACAACUGACCUGGGUACCCUGGCCGUUCAGUGAGUUUCUGGGGACGAGUUCACCGGAUGGUCCGGCUCCGUCGGAGGAAGAUCUGCAUGGAUACUAUUUGAAGUUGUUAAUCCCGGAUUUGAUGGCGAUGGGGAUGAUGCUUUGGCUGUGUUUCGGACGAAGAUGUAUGGAUCAAUGGUUCCACCGGGGGUUGAGAGUAUUUUUUGCAGGGGUGCUGGUGAUCUUAGUGAUGUGGUACCCUUGUGAGGAGAUCCGGAAGGUGAGGGCAUAUACGCAACGAAUGUUUGGUGAUGGGAGCACCAGCACCGACAGCGGAGGGUCGAUCGCGAGGGGAUCUAUAGGUGCAGGAGGAAGCGGUGGUGGUAGUGGUGGUGGUUUCGGAAACGGUUACCAGUGGACACCGCCCUCGGCAGGGGAGGUGUACUUUUGUUUCCUGAACCACCAAGAUGUGGCACCGAUCUCGCCGUUCGUGAACUGUGGUGUGUACAGGACAAGAAGCGUCUUUGCAUUCGUGUUGGUCUUGAUGGUCGCGGGCGAGAUGGCGCUCGCGUUCAAGCAGGGGGAGUUUAGGAUCUCGUAG